CAAGUCCCAAUAACUCCAUCUUCUGUUGCAGAUCAGGGGCAUGGUAGCCAGUGAAGAAAAGAGGCCCCCGGUGGCUUUCAUUGCCCGUGGAGUUCUGAGUGUUUGACGGUGACGUGUCUUGGCUUAGAAGGCCGUAGGCCACUGAAGGUUGUGAAGAAGCUGGUGUAGGAGAAGCAGCUGACGCAGGAUGAUGAUGCUGACGAGGUCGAGAUCGCCGUUGAUAACACGGCCUUCAUGGAUGAAUUCUUCUCCGAGAUCGAGGAAACUCGGCUCAACAUUGACAAGAUCUCUGAGAACGUGGAGGAGGCGAAGAAGCUCUACAGUAUCAUUCUCUCUGCACCAAUUCCAGAGCCGAAAACCAAGGAUGACCUAGAGCAGCUCACGGCUGAGAUCAAGAAAAGGGCCAACAACGUCCGGAACAAACUGAAGAGCAUGGAGAGGCACAUUGAAGAAGACGAGGUCCGCUCGUCCGCAGACCUUCGGAUUCGGAAAUCGCAGCACUCUGUCCUCUCCCGGAAGUUCGUGGAGGUGAUGACCCGAUACAACGAGGCUCAGGUGGACUUCCGCGAACGCAGCAAAGGGCGGAUCCAGCGGCAGCUCGAGAUCACCGGCAAAAAGACAACCGAUGAGGAGCUGGAGGAGAUGCUGGAGAGCGGGAACCCCGCCAUCUUCACUUCUGGGAUCAUCGACUCGCAGAUUUCCAAGCAAGCCCUGAGCGAGAUCGAGGGACGGCACAAGGACAUCGUGCGGCUGGAGAGCAGCAUCAGGGAGCUGCAUGACAUGUUCAUGGACAUCGCCAUGCUGGUGGAGAACCAGGGCGAGAUGUUAGAUAACAUAGAGUUGAAUGUCAUGCACACCGUGGACCACGUGGAGAAGGCUCGGGAUGAAACUAAAAAAGCCGUGAAAUACCAGGGGCAGGCCCGGAAGGUGAGACUCUCCCGCCGCCUUCAGGGAGGAGUCCAUGCUCUGCGCUGUCUCUCGCUCUUUCUUCCCCCUCCCUGUCUCUUUCUCUGCUGCCACCACCUCUUGCUCCCGGGGAAAGGGAGCCAUGAUCGACCGCAUUGAGAGCAACAUGGACCAGUCAGUGGGCUUCGUGGAGCGGGCUGUCACCGAUACCAAAAAGGCCGUCAAGUAUCAGAGUGAAGCUCGGAGGGUGAGCGCCUUGGUCCCGGCUCGUCCUCUCUGCCUCUCCUCUCUCCGGCCAUCCCCACCUGUGUCCUUGGGCCCGAGCCCUCUCUCUCUGUCCUCUCCCCCUCCAAACUCCUGUGUCAGCCUCUCCUGGAGACUAGCUGUCCUUCCCUCCCAGGUGUGCCUCUCAUGGAUCUGGCUCACAGGCUCUCCCAGGAACCCACACUGAACGCUGCUCUGUAGGGUGCAGGUUUCGCCCAGGUGUUGCUCCUGGUCAGAGCUCAUGGUCCCGUCAGAUGUUCCACUUGACUCCUCUGUCUUUAGAAACCUUCUGUUCAUUGUCUUCCACUCGAGCGGCCCAAGCUCUGCCCCCUUUCCCCUACCACGAGCCCCGUGCUGGGCUGAUUGCUCUGUGAACAUUCCUACCUCAUGGAGCACCUGCUCUUUCUACUUCACAGAUGACACACUUGAGGGGCAGGGGUGAAGUAAUCGGCUUCAGGCCACCUCGUCAGCGCAGGAGCUGGGAUUCAGACUCAGACUCUAAUCAUGUCUUCCCCCCGCCCCAGCCUGUCUCCCCCUUCCUCCUGGUGGCCUGACGCUGGAGGCCUUCUGCCUUCUCUGCCCCUUGACUGGUAGCCGGCUCUAGUGGCUUUUGCUUUUUAGAUGUUUCUUUCCUGUUCCUUCUGGGCUCUGCUAUUUUUGUUCUUCGGUUCCUUAUUUUUCUCGCUUCACGUGUUGCUUGUGCAGGGACUUGGGGAGCUGGGGAGUUGUUUUACCUGAUGAACCCAGGCUGGUUCACAGCAGGACCUUAAUCUUACUUUUGGAUCCCCAGUCACUGGGGCUGUCAGGUGCUUUAGGGGAGGGAUGGACAGAGUUUGAAAUUAGUCUUAAACAUCUUCACAGCCCUUCCUGGAAAGGAAGGACGAGUCACUUUGUACCUUGGCCCAUUGCUGUUUGGCAGCUCCGUGAUGGUUGCUCUCCUGUCUGUCCACGUGGGCAGGCCUGCAGUGGGAGCUGAGAGCUAGUAGAAAGUCCGUGUUUCCAUCUGGAAUACACGGCGAGGCAAGAAAGAACCUAACAGAUAUACAGUAUCCUCACAGAACAUCUUCAGGUGGAGAGGUAGGCUUUCUUAUUUGAGUUGAUAAGAUGCCGAGGUGAGAGGGGCUGGGUUUUGGAUGAAUCGCCGUUGCUUCCGGCUGCCUGUAACCAUGCCUUGUUUUUGUUUC